UUCAGAGAUGUUAAACCACACAACUUCGUAAUAACACAAACUACUCACAUUCUUUUGAUCGAUUUUGGCACUGCCGCUCCCGUGUUACCUCCUUCUCAAGACGGUAGUCAGCUUGUACCAAAGCAAUACUGUUUAGUUCCUUGCGGAACUUGUGAUUAUAUCUCUCCCAAAAUUCUCAAAGCCCAUGAGCAGGCUCUGACAGACUGGUUGAGUCUUGGCGCAAUGUUGUACGAGAUG